AUGAAUUUGACCAAUUGUACAAGAGCGGUAGAAUUUAUCCUGGUCGGAUUGCCAAGUGUAGAUCAAAUGGAAAGUGUGAUGCAUGCAAGCAUCUUUCUGCUCUACCUCCUGUGUCUGAUGGGCAAUGGACUCAUUAUUGGGAUGGUAAUUUUGGACCACCAUCUCCAGAAGCCCAUGUAUUUCUUCCUUAGCAACCUGUCUUGCAUUGACAUUGGACACACCACAGCCUUUAUUCCUAAAUUGCUGGUCAAUUAUGUCUCUGCAAAGAAUUCCAUCUGUUUCUACUGCUGCAUAACACAACUGUACUUUUACUUCCUCUUUGGGGUCACAGAGUUUUUUAUCAUGACUUUGAUAUCCUUGGACAGGUAUAUAGCCAUCUGCUACCCCCUGAGGUAUGGUGCAAUCAUGACUUCUGGGGUCUGCCUUAAACUAGCAACAGGUGCCUGGUUGGGAGGUUUUUUCUCUAUCCUUUAUCAAAUAGUGAUGAUAGCAAACCUACCCUACUGUACGUCAAACAUUAUCAACCAUUUCUACUGUGAUAUAGGACCUGUGCUGAAGAUUGCAGGAGGAGAUAUACAAGUCAUUGAAGUACUUGGUUUUUUAAUUACGGUGGUUGUAAUUAUGUCCUCCCUGCUUUUCACUCUCAUUUCUUACCUCUUCAUCAUCUCCACCAUUCUCCGAAUGUCUUCAUCAACCAAACAGCAGAGGGCCUUUUCUACAUGUGCUUCCCAUUUGGUUGUAGUCUGUAUUUUGUACGGGUCAGUCUUUUUUGUCUAUUUAAGACCUACUGUCAAGAACUCUUCCUUCAGUAGGCUGAAGUCUGUCUCCAUACUGUACACCAUGGUUGCCCCAGUGCUAAAUCCUUUCAUUUACACCAUUAGGAACAAUGAAGUCAAGGAGGCAGUAAGGAAAGUUUUAGAAAGAAAGACUCCAGGUCUCCCAAAUCUCAUGGCAUAA